AUGGCAGCUAAGAGUAUAAUUUGUAGUGGGGUAAGACGCGGAAUUAGAAACGGGGAGUCUACACUCAUAUGCGCUCACCCCUGGUUACAGGAUGAUCACGACCCCAUGAUACAAACUGAGAUGCCAAUACAGUUGGAGGAUGCCAAAGUGGUGGGAUUGAUAGAUCAACAGACAGGUUCAUGGGAUCACUCAAUUCUAACUGAUUUGUUUCAACCUAAUGAUGUGGCAAAUAUUAUAAAAAUACCUGUCUCCCCGGAAUAUGAUGAUAUGUGGUAUUGGCAUGGCGACCCGAGAGAAAUUUAUUCAGUAAAGUGCGGGUACAGGUUGAUAGUUGGAAAUUAUGAAAGUGGUACCGGGACUUUUACGAAAUGGCUGACCCUAUGGAAACUCAAAAUCCCCCGAAAGUGGAAGAUGUUUCUGUGGAGAGCCAUUUGUGAUAUUUUGCCAACUACUACUAACUUGCUUAUAAAGAGGGUGGAUGUGGAUCCACAAUGUGCCAUGUGUGGAAUAUCUCAAGAGGACACUAUCCAUGCUUUAGUGUUGUGCGAAUUUGCGAAGAACAUUUGGGAACGAUCCAACCUUCCAAUCCCAAAUAUUGUGACAAAUAUUUUUCAUAUUUGGUUUGGUGAGCUUUUAAAUGUUUUAGACUCUGAUGGGAUUGUGUAUGCAGCAUCAAUUCUAUACAAUAUUUGGAGAGCAUGGAACGGGGCGGUUUGGAAUGCAUGUCUACCACACCCAUCAUCCUUGGUCACGGCGGCAAGGAUUACCAUGCAAGCACGGCAACCCGCUACUGCCCGAAUUCGAACGGCGCCAUCUACAGCAUCACACCCCGUCUUCCGUGCUACACGGCCAGCACCGUCUCGAAGGAUAUGCCACGUCAACGCGGGAUACGUGCAUGGCUCGGGCAAGGCCACGGUUGGGGCUAUUCUCCUAGACGUGGAUGGGGGAUACGUCUCGGCUCUUACUGCGCCUCUCCUGGAUUGCUCCUCACCACUAAUGGCCGAGACGCUGGCUUGCAAGGAAGCCUUAUCAUGGUUAAAGGAUCGGGGGGAACAGCACAUCAACAUUUAUACGGAUUGUUUGACACUACAACGAUAUCUUACUACGCCACCUGCUGCGUUUCGCUCUUACGUCGGCUAUGCCAUUGACAGCUGCAGAGCAGCUGUGUCUUUAUUUCAGUCUUGUUCAGUUAAUUAUAUUACUAGAUUAGACAAUUAUUUAGCUCAUGCACUAGCUACUUCGACGUACCAGCAGCAUACUGCUAUGUAUUGGGAUGUUUACCUGCCUGACAUUAUUUCGACUUAUUUCUAA